UUGAUACAGUGCUCCAGCCUACAGCAGCUGCGUACGAGACUUCACAGACAAUGGCAGCCCUUAAGUAAGCCGCUAAAGGUGUUGAGGAGGGAAAAAGGUGUUUGUUUACCUCUCGGCCGCCGCCGCGCCAGGGCGGCCAGCCACCGGGGCGGUGUCGCGUUCCGCCGCAUCCUCCUGUUAUUACUGGUGACAGGUGUGCAGUGUAGGGGAGCGUGAGCACCUGCCAGGCCGCUCACAGUGAUAGAGCCCUCAAGUAGACUAAGAAGCUGUGUUGCCGAGGACCACGUCUGGCUCCAGCAGCUCAGAUGAGGAGGCGUCACGGUUCGGGGAGGCGUGUGACCCCACCCUGUGGAGGACGGCCGCGCAGGGAGCCGCCAAGAAUGAAAUCUGCAGAGCGGAGGCAUCUGAUGAGAAGCCCCAGCCAAGGCGACCAGAGGCAGGCCUUCAUGCUGCUGGAGAAGAUGCGCACAACCCUUGCCGGGGCGCAGGGCAAGGCAGGGUGUGUGGGGCUGAGGCACAAGGAUGGCCAUGGCCCCGGCAUACAGGGCAGGCCAUCGUCAGGCAGGGCAGAGGCCAGCACAGCGAGGGUGGCCACGGCUGCCCCAUCCACACUCUCCCUUCCUGGCCAAGCAGCUCACCUCAAGACUGGACGGGAUUGUGGAGUACCAGGGUGACCAGGAGCACAGACUGACCAAGGAUGGCAGUUGUGUGGGUGGUGGUGGUGGUGGUGGCCAGCCCCUCCAUCAUCCCCUCCGCCUCCUGACUAACCUGCCGCUCGCCCCUCAAGGCAUCACUGACCCCACACACGCAGCAGCCAGAAGGAGCAGGCCGGACAGAAUCCCCGAGACUCUCCUACUUUGACGGCUGUGAUGCGGUGAGAGUCCUGGGUUGUGU